ACAGAGAGCAGUAGUGAACGGUCGAGCUGCAGCUGAUAAACCCUGACACAAUUAUGUCUGUCUUGCCACCGCCAGUUUCUCUCAGGUAUCCGUUUACCGGAGCCUGAAUGGCGUUGGUAACUGUGCAGCGGUCGCCUACUCCAAGCGCAACAUCCAGCCCUUGCGUUUCGGAGUCUGGCAGUGGGGAAGAUGACCGCCGAUCUCAGCCCAGAAGCAUCAGUGAGAGCUUCCUAACAGUAAAAGGUGCUGCCCUUUUCCUUCCACGUGGAAAUGGCUCCACUUCCUGCUCCGCAAGAAUCACAGGACAGCGCAGUAAACAUGCAGGUGACCUUCAGCAGCACCUACAGACCAUGUUCACUUUACUGCGGCCAGAGGACAACAUCCGUCUGGCUGUACGGUUGGAGAGUGCCUUCAUUCAGUGCACCCGCUACAUGGUUGUGGUCUCCACUAAUGGCAGACAGGACACAGAGGAAAGUGUGGUUCUGGGCAUGGACUUCAACCCCUCCGACAGUUCCUGUUCCAUAGGCAUGGUGCUUCCCCUUUGGAGUGACACACGGAUUCACCUGGAUGGAGACGGGGGUUUCAGUGUGUCCACAGAUAACAAGAUGCACAUAUUCAAGCCAGUCUCAGUCCAAGCCAUGUGGUCUUCCCUGCAGUCUCUUCAUAAGGCCUGUGAGGUGGCUCACUGUCACAACUACUUUCCGGGCAGUCUCUUCCUGACCUGGGUGAGUUACUACCAGAGCCGCGUGUCCUCCGAUCAAGCCCGCAUCAAUGAGUGGAACGCCAUGCAGGAUGUGCAGUCCCUCCGUGCAGACUCCCCCGUACUCUUCUCUGAUGUGCCAACUGAGCGAGAGAGAACAGAGAGACUCAUAAAGACUCGUUUGAGAGAGAUUAUGAUGCAGAAAGACCUUGAGAAUGUGACUUCAAAAGAGAUCCGCACUGAGCUGGAAAUGCAGAUGGUGUGUAACCUACGGGAGUUUAAAGAGUACAUCGAUAAUGAGAUGAUCGUCAUCUUGGGUCAAAUGGACAGGCCAACGGAGAUAUUUGAGCAUGUUUACCUGGGUUCUGAAUGGAAUGCAUCUAAUCUGGAAGAACUGCAAAACAGUGGGGUGCAAUACAUCCUUAAUGUGACACGGGAGAUCGAUAAUUUCUUUCCAGGACUGUUUGAGUACCAUAAUAUCCGUGUUUAUGAUGAAGAGGCCACAGACCUUCUGGCUUACUGGAAUGAUACUUACAAGUUUAUUUCUAGAGCCAAGAAAGCAGGAGCAAAGUGUCUAGUGCAUUGUAAGAUGGGAGUCAGCCGUUCAGCCUCCACUGUGAUUGCCUAUGCUAUGAAGGAGUAUGGCUGGGAUAUGGAACAGGCCUUUGAAUAUGUUAAAGAGCGACGGGCUGUCACAAAGCCUAACCCUUCAUUUAUGAGGCAACUGGAGGAAUAUCAGGGCAUCCUGGUGGCCAGCAAACAGAGGCACAAUAAGUUGUGGCGUUCCCACUCAGAUAGUGACCUGUCUGAGCACCAUGAGCCGCUGUGUCAGUCUCUGGGUCACUCUAUUUCUCGCAACCAAACCAUCAGCCAGACCUCAACCUCAAUACAGGAACUACUGCAGACUCUUACACCCUCAGCCAAUAUCACAGAAACUAAUAACCAGGCAGAUCCUAACACCACACCUUGGCCAGACACCCAUAUUUACAAUGGUCUGGGGGACCCAAAUGAACACCUCCAUGAACCCUUUAAGGACCCUUCCCUCCCCAGACCUAAGGCUGCCACCAUGAUGCCGGAGGCCAGAUCUGAUCUCACAUCCGUCACUAUUGCAGAGACAGUCUCGUUGGGUCAUCCUCAUCCACCAGCCGCUAUACACCAUCCUCCCACAUCCCCCAGGCUUCUCUCAAAUGCAAAGGUCAAGCAAGUGCUCCCAGAGCAGCCUGAGGUGUCCAAUCUUGUGCCUUUGGAGAAGCCUGGUACUAUGGUCCUUUUGCCUGUGAAUGUUAGGAGUAGAACCCCUGAGCCAUGCACACAGGCCCUGGGUUCUUCAGGGCUGCAGGAUCUCAGCCAGCAAGUGCCUAACACAGAAACGGACUGUGCAGGGCUAAGCCACACCAGUGACAAAGACCACCAACCUAGUGCCACAUUACACAGAGCGGGGCUUUCUACCACCCACCCAACUCUAAGCACAGACCACAUUGACUUCUUCAGUGCCAGAGAGAAGUUUCAGGGCCUUUCUCAGGAGGGGCAAACACAUGGGACUGAACAGACAGCGCUGCAGACACCUCGGGACAAAAGUCCAAGUGUAGAGACAAAGCGCCUAGUUCCAGACUACCCCAUUAAAGAGGAAGAGCAGAAAAAGGAGAGCUGCAGUGUCUCAGUCCAUAAUAUAGUUCCAGAUAUGGAGUGCAUACAGCACAUUAUAACCCCUCCCCCCACUCCUACCAGCCAACCUAUGUACUGUAGCAGUGAGGAAGAGGAGUUAGGUCAAGACACAUCAAUGGAAGCUGAAAUGGAGAUGGUGGAUCACGGGAAAGACAUGCAAAGCAACUGGCCAAAGGGAACUGUGCGCCGAGCGACUAGAGAGCUUGAGCAGAAGAUCAAGCAGAAGGUCUCGUCAAUGGCACAGGCGUCCUCGGCCCCCAUGUGUUCCUUGCGAUGCUCUCCCGUCAACACCAGCACCAUAGAGAGAACUGAGGAGACCUCACCCCACACACACCUCACACCUGAUCCAAGCACUGUGUCAAGUAACUAUCACCAGCCUCAGAACAAUGUGGAGAAGAUGGAGAAAGAAGAACGUUUAGCCGAUGAGGAGAGAACAGGAAGUGAGAGUGAGAGAAGACUCAGGGAGGGAGAGCACAAGCACACCGGCUUUUUCAGGUCCGAUAUGAGCCUCAUCCACUCAAGGCAAAGCUCAUCUUCAUCUGGGGUUCUUCAGCUGGAGGGAUUCACGGAGCAGGAGAGUUGCACAGACUCAGAUUGUUCUUCUAGUCACUGUCCUAAGGACAUGAGGGAAACUUGGGAGACCCUGAAAGAGCUCGGGGCGUUCCUCUGGAAGUUGAGUGGCCUCUUAGACAAAAGGCUUAGCCACCCUUGGUUGAGAAGGGAGCAGAGAAAGGGCCGGGCUGAGCGAGAGAGGACCAAAGAGGUGGAGGCUCGGAUCCGUCAGGCCGGGCUGACACCACCCUCAAAGAUGAAGCGAUCGGCCUCAUUGGCCAAGCUUGGGUCAUUGGAGCUCUCUCCCAUUGACCUAAGCGAGCUCGAUAUGAGUCCCGCCUUACUCACUACUUCCAUCAAUAAGCCACGGCCCCAUUUCUAUAGUGAUGAUACCUCAAAAAAGAAGCGAGUUGUUCCCCUUUGCAAUCCCGAUCUCCCUUCUUCAUCCACAUCACCUGUUUCUUCCUCUGGAUCGAUGAUGCAUGGACACACCGAGGAUUGUAAGACUGAAGAGGCAGAACGUAGUGACUGUGAUGUCAUGCCAAUGCCACUCUCCCCAUCGUCCAAUCAGUGUCAGGGGUGGGAUAACGCACAGGAUGCAUUGAUAUCUGUGGCAACACGCCAACAGUACGGGAGAACACAUCCCUUACAGAGGCUAAAAAAGCAAACCGUUAACCCUUACCACACUAUGUGACUUUUACUCUGUUUUUAUUCCUGUAUGUCUGAGUCAGUAGGUUUACAUGCACUUUUAUAAUCGGGCUACAGCAGAUUUUUGCGUAGUCUAGGUACAGUCUUCAUCUGUUUAAGUAUACAUGACUUGCCUAUGCAUAAUCGAAAAUUUGAAGGAAGAACGUCAGCUGUGGACAGUGUCAGAGCUUAACCUUUUUUUAAGGGGUGAUAUUUGCCCCUAGAUUACAUUUUUUGGGGCAUUUUUUCUUACCAUUUAAAACACAUUGUGUCUUAUUUGAUUACUUUUAAUCAGUUAAUUAACACAAAUUUUCAAGAUUGAGAAUUUAUUACCUAUUACCCUAUAAAUUAAUAAUCGAACAUUAAGAACUGUUUUAGGUGUUACAAAUAAUAAAUAGAAGAAAACAGAAAAGUAGAUGGCUUUUUCUUAUUUAAUUUUUUUUUUUGCCCCAGCAUUUUGAAUUUUGGGGGCAUUUUUGCCCUGAGCCCCUCUUAAUUUUCGACCAUGGCUUAGGAAGUGUUAAAUAUGCAUGUGCACAAUGGCGAGGCCAGAUGUGGUCUGAUUAACGUGUAUGCUGGACAAAGCCAAGGUACAAUUGCAUUAUCUAAGUCAGCUAGUACGACUUCCCAAAUAUUGACUGAAGCACUUACAAGAAGAUUUAUUGUUUUAAUCCAACUGAAAUUUAACUUUUAAUGUGCAUGUAAACAUACUGUGUGUGUUUAUGCCUGCCAGUGUGAGUCAUUGAUUAACCACUUGCCAUGCAUACCUCAGUGAGCCUUACAAUUGCAAGGAAGAUUCAUAGUGUGCUGACUUUUUAGGACACAAGAGAUUGAAUGUUUUUGUAGGGUUGAUGGUCCAUAGAAUAAUAGUCCUGAAAUCUUGACAAAUCAUUUGAGUAGAAAAUCCGCUGCUCUGGAAUAACGAUAAAUUCAUUUGACUGAUGUACUUUUUGCACAAUGUCUAUCAAGUUGCUUGUUGCAUACAAUAAUGGUAGUAAAUUUGCCACUUUUUCCUUUACUUAUCAAUUUAUGAACAGAUACAACAAAAUGCUCUCUGCUGAAUUGGUAUAGAUUAUGAAGGGUGUGUGUGUGUGUGUGUGUGUGUGUGUGUGUGUGUGUGUGUGUGUGUGUGUGUGUGUGUGUGUGUGUGUGUGUGUGUGUGUGUGUGUGUGUGUGUGUGUGUGUGUGUGUGUGUGUGUUGAGGACUGAAAAAGCUAUAGAGGAGUACAUGUUUAAAUGCAUUCUGAAAUGAAUAUGUAAGUGUAGAAUUAUUACAUAUGUGAGAUUAUUAUGUGUAUGCAUGUGGGUCUAAUGAGAAUGAAGUCAAUUCUGUGGUACUUGUAGAAUGUAGAGUUUAUGGGCCUCAGUGUGCAUAUGUAUAUUUUGUGGAUGUGUAUGAUAUGUAUACUUCAGUGUGGGUGUGCGCACAUUUUCUAUCCAUUUUAAAUUCCGGUGCAGUUUCUUCCUUCAGCAUUUUGUGUUUUGUUAAAGAUUUUAAAAAAAUGUAGGGGAUUUUAAUAUGCACUUUUUACCAUUGUUUUACAUGUUUGUUUUUUAACUGUGUGUUCUGGAAGCAUGCUUGCAGAGUAUGCAUUUAGAGUUUCUUGUAAUGUUGUAUGUUGUACAGUGCAAAAAAAGAAAAAACAGAAUGUGUCUCUCUGUUCAUUGUAAGACUGGAAAAAUAUUUUCUCUUUAUCAUGCUUAAACUGUGACAAUUAAAACAAUUUUAA